GGCUGAGGCGGCGCCGGGGGCUCCGGGCCGCUUCUCGGAGAAGAGGACGCGGUGUCGCCGCCCGACUCGGUUUCCUUCCGGGAGGAGCCGGCCUCGCCCGAUUGGGGUCCCGGUUUAAGAGUCGGGGUCAGAGAUACAGAACCCGUGAAUACGGAGGGCUGUCUGGACCUAUGGCUAUUUAAGGCAUAUGCGUAGAAAUACGAAUCUCUUCUGGCUCACGGGCCAUGCACAAACAGGCGGAGGAGUGGAUUUGGCCAGCGGGCCACCUGUGCCAGCACCGUCAUUAACGGGAAGAAGUCUGCUUUGUCUUCUCUCUUACAGCCCCAUGGCCGGAGGGUAUGGAAUGAUGGGAGACGACGCCUCUAUUGAUUACACUGUUCACGAAGCCUGGAACGAAGCCACCAAUGUUUACUUGAUCGUUAUCCUCGUUAGCUUUGGGCUCUUCAUGUAUGCCAAGAGGAACAAAAGGAAAAUUAUGAGGAUAUUCAGCGUGCCACCUACAGAAGAAACGUCAGAGCCCAACUUUUAUGACACAAUAAGCAAAAUUCGUUUAAGACAACAACUGGAGAUGUAUUCCAUUUCAAGGAAAUACGACUGUCAACAGCCACAAAACCAAGGUGAUAGUGUGCAGCUCUCCUUAGAAUGAAGCCUCAGAAAAUGAGCGACAGACAGAGUCUCACUUUACUGCCUUCAGUAGAGUGCCAUGAUGUCACAGGACUCACAGCAACCUCUAGCUCUUGGCUUCUGCGAUUCUCCUGCCUCAGCCUCCUGAGCAGCUGGGAUUACAGGUGCCCGCCACAACGUCCGGCUAUUUUUUGGUUGCAGUUCAGCCGGGGCUGAGGUUUGAACCCACCACCCUCAGUAUAUGGGGCCAGCGCCCCACUCACUGAGCCACAGGCGCCACCCUAAAACUAUUCUUAAUUGUAUGAGUUGGUUAAUCAUUUCAAAAUGUUUUCUCUUUCUUAUUGUAAAAUUAAAGAAUCUACAUUUUAAAUGAAAAUUAAGGUUUAGACAAUAAAAAUCAGAAACUGCAUUAAAAAUUAUUUAUUGGGGCCACGCCUGUGGCUCAAAGGAGUGGGGCACUGGCACCAUGUAUCAGAGUUGGGGGGUUCAAACCGAGCCCCGGCCAAAAAAAAAAAAAAAAAAAGUAUGUAUUGUAUGAGGUAAGUUAUUGACUAAAUGGAAUAAUUCUUAACUCACAAAGAAAUUUGAUUGCACUGCCUAUAUAUAGAUUUAAAAACUGAUUAUAGGAUGAUAACCAGCUCCUGAUAAUGGGCUAGGGUGGCAGAGCAGCAAGGGAUGAUUUUUUUCUUUAUUGUUUUGAAUUUAUUGAGGGUGCAAAGAAUUACGUUACACUGUUUGCAUUUGUUAGGUAAAGUCCCUCCUAUAAUUGUGUCCUGCCCCCAAGAGGUGUGUACCAUGACCCCCACCACCCUCCCUCCUUCUCUCUCCUCCCUCCCUCGUUCCCUGCCUCUCACCUUCAGUUGAUUUGAGGUUUUCUCCUAUGUGGGCAUGUAUUAGAUCGUCUCCUGACAUCAUAUGAGAAUUGAGUGCAUUGGAUACUUGCUUCUCCUUGUGAUGCUUUACUGAGAAGAAUGUGCUUGAACUCCAUCCAGGUUAAUACAAAAGAUGUAAAGUCUCCAUCUACUUUAGUGGCUGAAUAGUUUUUGUGAUGUACAUACACCACAGCUUGUUAAUCCAUUCCUGGGUUGGUGAUUCUUAGAGAUAAGAAAGCCUUUACAGCCUCUGAAAUCACAUGUGGCAAUUAACUCAGCCCCACAGAUCUACUUGGCUACCACUUCCACUUCCAAUCCUGCUUCUCUCCGUCAUCUUAGUCUAAACACUAACAAUCAGAAUGUCAUCUCUUCACCAUCAAAAUUAUUAAAUGCUCUGGAACUCCUAAAAAAAAAAAAAAUGAUUCUACAAUUUUGGAUCAGUGUAAAACAGAACAGUCAACAGAACACCCAGCUCAUCCGGGUGAGACAGGAAGGCAGAUGAGAGUAGGUAGCGGUCUUUUGUUACCACCUUACAAACGAGUAAAAGUGAACAACGUGAAAAACCCUUGCAGUCCUGAAUUUUUGCAAUAUUGAGAAAUGUGAAGGUUAGAUGGGAAAGAAACGCCUCCAGGGACAGAAGGGAGAGCUGCAAUGGCAGGUGUGUAAAAGGUGAUUUCUGACAAAUGUGGUAAAAUACCAUGUUUAUUAAUGCCUCCUGGACUUAGGACUGGUGUUCUAAAAAAUCCCCAGUUAACAACUGGAUUGAUUUAUUUCCCUCUGAUGUCAAGAUUUUCCCCUAUCUGCUGUGGUCAUUUGCUUAUAGUAGCUGUUUAACUUAACAUACACUUAAUUAAUUAGGUCACGUUGAGUCCAGCGUCUGCUGCCCUAGAAAGAAGUCCAGGCCUCCAGAAUCACUUCAUUCUAACAGUUUUAAUUUUGUUUUUUCAGUGCAACAGAGAGCGAUAGUGAUUCUGCCCGUCAGGCAGCUCUUUGCUGGCAUCAGCGCCUUUGUGACAGUGGCUAAAUUCCAAGAGCAUGUCAUUUAAAUAUCCUCCAAAAGGCAAAAAAAAAAAGCAUUAAUUUUUUCCUUCCAAAUAUUCCAGAGCAUAAUGUACUAUAUAUUUUUUUGAUUUGUUUUUAUUACAUCAUAGCUAUGUACAUUAAUGCAAUCAUGGGGCACCAUACACUGGUUUUAUAUACAAUUUGAAAUAUAUAUUUUAUUAUUAAAUCAUAGCUGUGUACAUUAAUGCAAUCAUGGGGCACCGUACACUGGUUUUAUAGACCAUUUGACAUAUUUUCAUCACACUGGUUAACAUAGCCUUCCUGGCAUUUUCUUAGUUCUUGUGUUAAGACAUUUAUAUUCUACAUUUAGUAAGUUUCACAUGUACCCUUGUAAGAUGCACCGUAGGUGUGGUCCCACCAGUCACCCUCCCUCCAUUCAUCUUCCCCCCUCCCCACCCUUCCCUUUCCUCUUUCCCCAUAUUCUUUUCAUAUGAAAGGUAUAAAUUAGCUUCAUAGUAGGGCUGAGUACAUUGGAUACUUUUUCUUCCAUUCUUGAGAUACUUUGCUAAGAAGAAUAUGUUCCAGCUCCAUCCAUGUAAACAUGAAAGAGGUAAAGUCUCCAUCUUUCUUUAAGGCUGUGUAAUAUUCCAUGGUGUACAUAUACCACAAUUUAUUAAUCCAUCCGUGGAUCGAUGGGCACUUGGGCUUCUUCCAUGACUUAUCAAUUAUGAAUUGGGCUGCAAUAAACAUUCUGGUACAAAUAUCUUUGUUAUAAUGUGAUUUUUGGUCUUCUGGAUAUAUACCUAGUAGAGGAAUUGUAGGAUCGAAUGGCAGGUCUAUUUUUAGAUCUCUAAGUGUUCUCCAAACAUCUUUCCAAAAGGAACAUAAUAGUUUGCGUUCCCACCAGCAGUGUAGAAGUGUUCCCUUUUCUCCACAUCCACACAAACAUCUCUGGUUUCAGGGUUUUGUGAUAUGGGGGCUAAUCUUACUGGAGUUAGAUGUUAUCUCAAAGUAGUUUUGAUUGGCAUUUCUCUGAUGAUUAAGGAUGAUGAGUAUUUUCUCAUAUGUCUGUAGGCCGUGCGCCUGUCUUCUUCAGAGAAGUUUCUCUUCAAGUCCCUUGCCCA